AUGGCCCCCGCAACGCGCCCCACUCGCCUGCCCGCGGCCGCCGCCGCCGCGCUCCUCCUCGCUGCGCUCGUCGCGGUGGCGCGCCCGGCCGCCGCGUGCCGCGUCACGAACGCCGACGUCUCCCUCUCUUCCAGUCCCGCCGAACUAUCGAGCACCGCCUACACCGCGGACGGCGUGAGGCAGCACUUCAGCCUGGACGUCAACCGUGUCACCUACGUCCCCACCCGCGCCGCCACCACCGCCUGCGUCGACUCGCGCCACGAGUACCCCGUCAUCGGCACCCCCGGCGGCGACAUUGCCGAGUUCAUUGGUGGCUUUGCUGUCUACCUCAAUCUCACAGCCCAGACCCUCACCCAGGAUCUGGCUGACAAGGUGCUGUCUGACUACAUAAAGGGUCAGUUCAGCGCCAGGAAGCGGUUCUAUUACCACACCAGCGACGAAAAGCUGCUCAAGGUGUUCACUGGUGUCAAGGCAGCCGGCUUUGGAUCACCUGUCGCGUUCCCAGACGUGUGA